AUGCUGCACAUUAUUGGAGAAAUCGGUAGGAACUACCACAAAAACGUGCUGGAGCACUAUGCAAACCCGCGGAACGUGGGCACAUUCGCAAAAACUCUCGCAGGGGUGGGCACAGGCCUUGUGGGCGCGCCUGCCUGCGGUGAUGUCAUGCGGCUGCAAAUUAAAGUAAAAGAUGAUAUAAUAGAAGAUGUGAAAAUUAAAACAUUUGGGUGCGGGUCUGCGAUAGCAUCGAGCAGUCUGGCAUCAGAGAUGAUAAAGGGCAGGUCCAUAUACGACGCCAUGAACAUUAAGAACACUGAGAUAGCAAAGGAGCUGGCGCUUCCUCCAGUGAAGCUGCACUGCUCUUUGCUCGCAGAAGAGGCCAUAAAGGCGGCAGUGGAAGACUACAUAUCCAAAAAGGGAAUAGAAUAG